AUGAACGGAAUAUGCGAUUUGACAGUUUGGAUAUUUGGUGAUUUAUGGUGCCGUGUAUGGUUGGCGGUAGAUGUUUGGAUGUGCACUGCAUCUAUUUUGAAUUUAUGUGCAAUUUCCCUGGAUCGUUAUGUAGCUGUAACACGACCCGUAACAUAUCCAAGCAUAAUGUCAACAAAAAGAGCAAAAUUGCUCGUAGCCGGAGUGUGGGUGUUAUCAUUCGUAAUUUGCUUUCCACCCCUGGUAGGAUUUAUACAUCAACCACAAACACCAAAGACUUCUGAAGACGUCACUUAUCGUCGGGGAAACCAUACGCUUAUAUCGGCUACAACGCCCUCACCAAGUUACCAAUGUCCGUGGACAUGUGAAUUAACGGACGACACUGGUUACGUAGUUUAUAGCGCCUUGGGAAGUUUCUACAUUCCAAUGUUUGUGAUGUUGUUUUUCUAUUGGAGAAUUUACCGAGCAGCCGUCAGAACGACACGGGCCAUAAACCAGGGAUUCAAAACCACCAAGGGAUCAUGUGGCAUUGGCAAUCGUUUCGAUGAGCAACGAUUAACACUGCGAAUACAUCGUGGCCGCGGCCGAGACGAAUCUGCCAGCAAUGGCAGUACGCAUAGCACAACAACAAGUAUUGGCAGCUCAUCACCCGAGAGACAUUCGAAAUUCUCCACACGGAAGCAUGAUAAAAUAAAGAUAUCGGUGUCGUAUCCAUCAACCGAAAAUAUAGCCAGUCCAACGCAUCAAAAACAAUCCAAUAAUGUCCUGUACGCUGUUCAUUAUUCAACCAAUGGCAAGGAAUUAACAUCAUCUCAAAUUUUUCAUGGUAAAGAGGGUUAUCUUCAAGUGGUUAAAAGUUUACCGAACAUUGAAAAGGGUCUUUCGCCGCGCACAAGUAAAAAAAUGGGUAAGAGAAACAUUAAAGCUCAAGUGAAACGAUUUAAAGUGGAAACGAAAGCAGCCAAAACACUGGCGAUUAUUGUGGGUCUUUUCAUAUUGUGCUGGCUUCCCUUUUUUACCAUGUACUUAAUACGUGCUUUCUGUAAGGAUUGCAUACCACCGUUAUUGUUCUCCAUUAUGUUCUGGUUGGGCUACUGUAAUUCAGCGGUUAAUCCUAUGAUCUAUGCAUUAUUCUCGAAAGACUUUCGCUUCGCUUUCAAGCGCAUCAUAUGUAAAUGUUUCUGUUCCGGGCCGGGAUUCCAUCAAGCGACCAGCCGAAGGGGAUCGGAUAUGUCACAAUUACGCACUGGUGGCAGAACGCCAAGUAUAUCGCCAAGUGCAGCAGCUAAUUCAUUGGGCGAUGAGAGUGAUCAUGCGGCCGAGUCAUCUGAGCUCAGGUGACGGUCACUAUGCCCCAGUAUUAGUUCAACUAGUAGUCCUGGGGGCCGGCAACACUCGAAUGGAAGACCGGUAUACGAAAUAUGUCAUCCACUUGUUAUGGAAAGUUCCUCUUUCUCAUAUGGUGGAUGUGGACAGAAAUCGAAUUAAGAGAGGGAAAAAUCCAAUUUUGGAAACUUAUCGAUUUACAGUAAGUAGCUAGCAUAUAGGUCAUUAUAUAGAUACUCUAACGAAUCGCGCAUUAAUAAACGGUUGUUGGGUUGAUUUUACAACGGAGCUAUAAAUUCUGAAGUUAUAG